AUGAGUGACGAAGAGGCGAUUCAGAACAUUCUCAAAAAGAUUGAGCGCGAAAAGGUCCUGAUGAAUGGCGCCAACGCCAUGCUGGCCCAGACCGACAAUGACUCUGUCCGAUCAAGACUCAACUCCCAACUGCGAGAUACUCGCCGAAACCUUCAAUUCUUUGAAGAAAAGCUGCGGGAACUGCAGAUGCGCCGCAACCAGUCCGCCAUGGAUAGUAUGUCGCUGGGUGGACCUGACGAUGGAGCUGAGGGCGACGGCUCGGGUCCUCCUCCGCCGCCGCCAAAGGAUGCCGGUUCGUGGGGAGAACAUGCUCGCGCCGGCAGCAGUGCCUCCUUCGGUUCUACCCAGUACAGCCAAAUCGGUCAGCACGGCGACCUCAUGCCGCCUCGCCAUCCCUAUGCUCCCCCAGGCCCGGCAUCAUCUGUGCCCAAGCCUCGACCCAACUACACCAAGCUUGAUCUGAUCAAAUACGACAAUCCGUACCUGGGACCACGAAUUCAGCUCAUGCUUUCUCAGAUUCAGUUCAAGCUCAAGGUUGAAGAACAAUACCUGAAGGGUGUCGAGAAGAUGGUGCAGCUGUAUGGCAUGGAGGGCGACAGGAAGAGCAGAGCAGAUGCUUCGGCUCGUAGGGUCGAGAGCAAGCAAAAGAUUCUUUUGCUGAAGCAGGCCCUCAAACGCUACGAGGAACUUCACGUGGCUGAUGUUGUGGGCUCCGAUGAUCACGACGAUGAUUCCAUCAACAUGCCCAACCUGCGAAAGCCCUUGACUGGUCAGCUCUCUAUCCGCGUAGCACUCAUUAAGGAUGUCGACCACGCAUCCACUGGACGAUUCAGCCGCGGGCCGGAGACCUUCGUUGCCAUCAAGGUGGAGGACAACGUUGUCGCCCGGACCCGGAUCUCUCGAAAUGAUAGAUGGGAAGCAGAGUACUUCAACAUUGAUGUCGACAAGGCCAAUGAAAUUGAACUCACUGUCUACGACAAGCCUGGCGAGCACGCCCUACCGAUUGCCAUGCUCUGGGUCAGGAUAUCUGAUAUCGCCGAGGAGAUGCGAAGGAAGAGGAUUGAGGCUGAGAUUAACAGCUCUGGAUGGGUGUCAGCCGACAGAAUGGGCGCCCCGCCCAGCCAGUUUCCCAUGAGCCCGCAGCAGCCGCAAACACCUUCACUUGGGGGGCCUCCAGGCUCCCCGGGAGCGUACGCCUCGCAGCCCAUGAGCCCUCAGGGCCAGGCACCGCUCCCGCCUCCCAGUCAGGUUGCACAGCAGCCCAUCGAUGGCUGGUUCAACCUUGAGCCGGCUGGCCAAAUUCGCCUGUCUCUUGGAUUCGUCAAGCAGAAUAAGGAACGCCGCACCGUCGAUCUGGGUCUUGGUCGCAAGGGUGCCAUUAGGCAGCGCAAGGAGGAGGUCCACGAAAUGUACGGCCACAAAUUUGUCCAGCACCAGUUCUACAACAUUAUGCGCUGUGCUCUGUGCGGCGACUUCCUGAAGUAUUCUGCCGGUAUGCAGUGCGAGGACUGCAAGUAUACUUGCCACACUAAGUGCUAUACCAGCGUUGUCACCAAAUGUAUCAGCAAGAGCAACGCCGAGACGGAUCCGGACGAGGAGAAGAUCAACCAUCGCAUCCCCCACAGAUUCCAGCCUUAUUCGAACAUGAACGCCAACUGGUGCUGCCACUGUGGCUACAUCUUGCCCUUCGGCAAGAAGAACUGUCGCAAAUGUUCGGAGUGCGGCUCCACAGCUCACGCGCAAUGCGUUCACCUUGUGCCAGACUUUUGCGGCAUGUCUAUGGCUGUGGCUAAUCAGAUUCUUGAGGGCAUCAGAACGACAAAGCAGAUCAAUAAGCAGAAGGCGACUUCCUUGAGCGAACGUACUCUGCGGGGCACUGGACGCACGAGUCCUACUAGUAGUAUGAGUUCGUCCACGCUCGUCAGUGGUGGACAUGCGCCAUCAUACUCUACAGGCUCGGCUGAAGCAACAGAAGCCGCCAAGAUCAUGUACCAACAGCAGACGUCGCAAAGACCGCCCCAGCCUGAUCGGACUUCGUCCAGCCAAGCUGCAGCAGCUGCGGCUUCCGCCGCCAUGAGUGGCUCGACAGUCACUACCGGCCGGCAGAGCCAGUCGCAGGACUAUGGUCGCUACAGCAGCGGCUACCCCACCUCGCCUGAUCAACAACAAGAUGACCCUUACAACCAGUACGGAUCUCAGCAGCGUCCAUACAACCCUGCAGACUACGCCAAGGUCAACUCCUACUCAGGCCAGCCUCAGCAGGCAAGCCGCCCGGUCCAGCAGCAGCAGCAGCAGCAACCCCAAGUACCACCACAUCAGGUCACUCCCCAGCAGCACCAGCCGCAGCAUCAGCAGCACCAACAACAGCAGCAGGCAGCUCCAUACCAACAGCCAGCAGCGCCUAUCAGCAAGCCUUCUGUACCCGAGCCGUCCCCGACGUCGCCCACCUCCGCUGGCCCGCUUACCACAAGCGGUGGGCGCAAGCCGUUGCCAUCGGCCACAGACCCUGGAACAGGACAGCGCAUUGGCCUAGACCACUUCAACUUCCUUGCUGUCCUUGGUAAAGGUAACUUUGGCAAGGUCAUGCUGGCGGAGACCAAGAGGUCGAAACGUUUGUACGCGAUUAAGGUCCUGAAGAAGGAGUUCAUUAUUGAAAAUGAUGAGGUUGAAAGUAUCCGAUCAGAGAAGCGAGUGUUCCUGAUCGCCAACAGGGAACGUCAUCCGUUCUUGACUAACCUUCACGCGUGUUUCCAAACGGAAACCAGGGUAUACUUCGUCAUGGAAUACGUCAGCGGUGGCGAUCUUAUGCUACACAUUCAACGCGGCCAAUUCGGCACCAAGCGUGCCCAAUUCUAUGCGGCCGAGGUGUGCCUGGCACUUAAGUACUUCCACGAGAACGGAGUCAUCUACCGUGACUUGAAACUGGACAACAUCCUGUUGACACUCGAUGGUCACAUCAAGAUUGCUGACUACGGUCUUUGCAAAGAGGACAUGUGGUUCGGCUCCAACACGAGCACAUUCUGCGGAACGCCUGAGUUUAUGGCCCCAGAGAUUCUGCUGGACAAAAAGUAUGGUCGCGCAGUUGAUUGGUGGGCUUUCGGCGUCUUGAUCUACCAAAUGCUGCUACAGCAGUCGCCUUUCCGCGGCGAGGACGAGGACGAAAUCUACGACGCCAUUCUUGCGGACGAGCCACUGUACCCGAUCCACAUGCCUAGAGACAGCGUGUCUAUUCUCCAGAAGCUCCUCACCCGCGAGCCCGAUCAGCGUCUCGGCAGCGGCCCGACCGAUGCCCAGGAGAUCAUGAACCAGCCUUUCUUCCGGAACAUUAGCUGGGAUGACAUUUACCACAAGCGUGUGCCCCCGCCCUUCCUGCCGAGCAUCAAGAGCGCCACCGACACCAGCAACUUUGAUUCGGAAUUCACGAGCGUCACGCCAGUGCUUACCCCCGUUCAGUCUGUUCUGUCGCAAGCAAUGCAGGAGGAAUUCCGCGGAUUCUCCUACACUGCCGACUUUGAGUGA